GAGCGGCGGGGGGGCGGGUCGCUGCGGCGGCGCGCUGCCGGGUCGGGCGGCGGGGCCGGUCCCGGUGCGGAGCGGAGCUGGACUGGGCCGGGCUGGGCCAUGGCGCUGCUGCUGGAACACGAGUUCAAGCCGCUGCCGGCGGACAAGCAGAUCGAGACGCUGCCUUUCCUGGAGGCCGUGGCACAUCUACCGCCUUUUUUCGAUUGCCUGGGGACUCCUAUCGUCUACUCCCCCGUCAAAGCAGACCUGACUGGAAAUAUCAAGAAAAUCCGAGCGGUUUACGACUCCAACCCAGCCAAGUUCAAAACGCUGCAGAACAUCCUGGAGGUGGAGAAGGAGAUGCACGGCUCGGCCUGGCCCAAGACGGGCGCGACGCUGGCACUGAUGUGGUUGAAAAGGGGCCUGAAGUUCAUGCUGGUGUUGCUGCAGAGCAUCUCCGACGGCGAGCGGGAUGAGGAGCACCCGAACCUCAUCCGAGUAAACGCCCUGAAGGCUUACGAGAUUGCGCUGAAGAAAUACCACGGCUGGAUGCUGCAGAAGCUCUUCACGGGCUCGGUCUACGCUCUUCCAUACAAAUCGGAUUUGCUGAAGGCGUUAGAGAAGGGUAAAGAAGUCAAAGAGGAGGAGAGCAUAGAGAAGAUUCAUCAGUUUCUCUCGAGGGUCACUCCCAUCCUGGAUGCAAUUUAUGAGAUGUACACAAAGAUGAACGCCGAGCUGAGCUACAAAGCCUAAGGCUCGCACGGGACUGGCAGGGCUUAAAUCAGGUGUGACGGGUGCUACCUGUGUCUUAAUCACCGAGUCAGCUGGGGAGGCUCCCGGCUGUCAGGCAACUUUGAUUCUCAUCUGGAUCUGCAGUGGAUAACCUGUUUUAUAAAAAAAAAAAAAAAAAAAAAAAAAAAAAAAUUAAUAAUUAAUUUUUCUAUUGAGAAUGCAGCAAUAAAAUAAUUGUACCGUGCGUCAUCGCAGGAUUUCCCAAGCUUUUGUGCUAAAGAGGAAAGCUGACUGUUUCUAAGUCCUAACCGACGGGUUUGUGUCUGCUGCAGCCUGGGGAAUGAAGCAAUGAAGCGUGGUGCUGCUGGGGCUCUGCCCCGGCUCUCGGACUGCGCCGCCGCACCCUCGGCUGCGCCUGGUACCUGACAGGCGCCCGAUGCUGCUUGACCACCGACGGGCACCUGGGUGAGGAACAUCCCGAAAGGAGUCAAUGACUUUCCCUGGUGACGCCAAAUCUUCCAGCGCCGGCGUGGGAGCGAGCCCCCCGACGCGGGGUUUGUGGAAGCAGGCGCUGCCUUACUAACCGCCCGCCCUACGGCGCUGCCGAGCCCUGCGCCGGCGGGGCAGGGAGGCAAAAGUUAAUAAAAAUUCAUGGUAACCUC